GGAGGUAGCCCAUAGCCCCUAGACGCCUCCUGCCCCGCAGCUUCCUCCUCCCUUCAGCUUCGUCCUGCCCCGCAGACUCCUCCUGCUCUGAGCUUCGUCCUCUCCCGCAGCCUCCUCCUGCCCCGCAGCCUCCUCCUCCUCCGCAGCCUCCUUGUACCUUCAGCUUCCCCCAGCUCCGCAGACUCCUCCCGCUCUCAGCUUCCUCCUCCCCCGCAGCCUCCUCCUGCCCGCAGCCUCCUUCUACCUUCAGCUUCGUCCUGCCCCGCAGCCUCCUCCUAUCCGCAUCUUCCUCCUCUUGCCCUCAUCCUCCUCUGCCCGCGGCCUCCUCCUACCUUCAGCUUCCUCCUGCCCCGCAGCCUCCUCCUGCCUGCAUCUUCCUCCUGCCUGCAGCCUGGUCCUCUCCCGCGGACUCCUCUUGCCCUCAGCCUCCUCCUGCCCGCAUCUUCCUCCUGCCCGCAGGCUCCUCUUGCCCCGCAGCCUCCUCUGCACCCAGCCUCCUCUUGCCCCGCAGCCUCCUCUGCACCCAGCCUCCUCUUGCCCCGCAGCCUCCUUCUCCCCCGCAGCCUCCUCCUGCCCCUCCUCCCUCCCGGUCAUUAGGAAGGGGCGGUGGCAUCGGUGUGUGGGCGUUGGGAGCAGAGCCCGCAGAGCCCGGGCUCCGUGCGGGGGCAGGAGGAGGAGGACCAGCCGGCCCGGCCGGACCCCAACCCAGAGCCGGAGGAGCCGGAGCAGGUCCGGACGCGCCGACCAUGAGCCCCGGCAGGGACAUCGGUACCUUCGUCGUCUGGGACUAUGUGGUGUUCGCCCUCAUGCUGCUCAUCUCGGCCGUCAUCGGCGUCUACUACGCCCUGGUGGGGGGCGGCCAGAAGACCUCCGAGGACUUCCUCAUGGGCGGGCGGAGCAUGUCGGCCGUGCCCGUGGCCCUGUCCCUCACGGCCAGCUUCAUGUCGGCCGUCACCGUCCUGGGCACCCCCGCCGAGAUCUACCGCUUCGGGGCCAUCUUCACCGUCUUCGCCUUCACCUACGCCUUUGUGGUCAUCCUCAGCGCCGAGGUCUUCCUGCCCGUCUUCUACCGGCUGGGCAUCACCAGCACCUACGAGUACUUAGAACUUCGGUUUAAUAAAUACAUUCGCCUCUGUGGUACAAUUCUCUUCAUUAUACAAACAAUUCUGUACACUGGAAUUGUUAUUUACGCCCCUGCCCUGGCUUUGAAUCAAGUCACAGGAUUUGACUUGUGGGGUGCUGUAGUUGCAACUGGGGUGGUUUGCACUUUCUACUGCACAAUGGGUGGUCUAAAAGCAGUUGUCUGGACAGAUGUCUUUCAAGUAGGAAUCAUGGUAGCUGGAUUUUCCUCUGUGAUCAUACGGGCUGUGGUGGUUCAAGGUGGAAUCAAUAAUAUUCUUAAUGAUUCCUAUAAUGGAGGAAGGUUAAACUUCUGGGACUUUAAUCCUAACCCUUUGCAGAGGCACAGCUUCUGGACAAUCAUUAUAGGUGGAACCUUCACUUGGACUGGCAUUUAUGGAGUCAACCAAUCUCAAGUUCAGAGAUACAUUUCCUGUAAAAACAGGUUCCAAGCAAAACUGUCCCUGUAUAUAAAUCUCGUGGGUCUGUGGGGUAUUCUUGCCUGUGCAGUGCUUUCUGGACUUGCGAUGUACUCAAGAUACCACGACUGUGAUCCUUGGACAGCAAAGAAGGUGUCAGCACCAGAUCAGCUUAUGCCCUACUUGGUUCUUGACAUUCUACAAGAUUUUCCAGGACUCCCGGGACUUUUUGUAGCAUGUGCUUACAGUGGAACACUGAGUACCGUGUCCUCCAGUAUCAAUGCAUUAGCUGCUGUAACUGUGGAAGAUCUUAUCAAACCUCACUUCCCAUCGUUCUCUGAAAGAACUUUGUCUUGGUUUUCGAAAGGGACAAGUAUUUUGUAUGGAGUAUUGUGCAUUGGGAUGGCGGCUUUGGCAUCGCUCAUGGGAGCUUUGCUACAGGCGGCCCUCAGUAUUUUUGGCAUGGUCGGUGGACCCCUUUUGGGCUUGUUUUCUCUAGGUAUUUUGGUCCCAUUCGCCAACUCUGUUGGUUCAUUUGUAGGUCUUAUUGCUGGAUUUACCAUUUCACUGUGGGUUGGAAUUGGAGCUCAGAUUUAUCCUCCCCUUCCGGAGAGAACUUUACCAUUACCCCUUUCAACGGCUGGCUGUAACAUGAGCAGUACAAACUGGACUACUGCAAUGCCAUUUUUAACAACCUCCUCUCCAAUUCACAACACGGAAAGAACUCCCCUGAUGGAUAACUGGUAUUCCUUAUCCUAUCUAUACUUCAGCACUCUUGGGACCUUGGUGACAGUAAUUGUGGGGGCUAUCAUCAGCCUCGCAACAGGAGGAACAAAACAGAAUUUAGAUUCUAAAUACUUGCUAACUUCUGAAGACUUUCUAUCCAACUUCUCAUUUUGUAAAUCUGAUACAGAAGACCAAGUUUUGGACUUAAAAUCUCCCACACUUGAGGUUGAAGGAACUGAUAAUCCCACUUUCAAUCACGUUGAAACAAACUUCACAGAUGACAGAGGAAAAAUCAGUGGGACUCAUUUAUGAGGCAGCUCUUUAAACUGGGUGACUCGGCAUGAAUUUAUUUUUAUAUUUUUCUUGUAUGACAAAUUUCAAUAUGGUUUUAUUUUUAAGUUUUUCGAGGAUAUAAGGAUUUUCUAAUGAUGCAUCCAACUUUUACUUCUUUUCACUCAUCCCAACCUUUGUCUAAAGCCCUCCUUCUGCAUAAAACUAUCGGAGAAAUUUCAUCAUGGAAUGACCCAGACACUAACCAGUUUAGAUCCCUUUUCUCCUGAUUUUAGCACUUUCUUCUGAGCUUUAAUUUAAUGAAUGUAUAUCUGGAUAAUGAAGAUUAAACAGCAUAAAGGAAGAUGAUUUGUGUAAAAAAAUAUGACGUUACAACAAUAUCAGACUUUGAUAGCCAAACAUGCUGGAUAACUCCAUACAUUUCAAAUUUUCUAGAAGGUGGAAUAACCUGUUUUUUUUUAAAAAAAGGUUUUACCAUAGAGGACUGAAGAUGUCACAAAAAACUGGUGAUACGAGGAGGGAUCACUCUCUCCUAGGGCUAGGCAACAUCUCAGGCGAUUGUCCUCUAUACCAAUAAAUACUGGGACUGUAUUUGUGCCAUAUAAAAUUAAUAUUCUCAUGUCAACAUCCAAGCUCUGCUCAUUCAUUUUUCUGAUUAUAUCUCCACCUGUCCUCUAAAAUUCAGCACAUCAUUUAAAGUCUUCAUUUUUAUAACUUCUUCCACAUGAUCUUUUAAUAAACCUUGAACACACA